AUGUCUAGCAACCAAGGUGACCACGGAAGCGAGAUGAUCUCUGCAGAGGACCAGUUCAACGUCGACAUGGACGCUGAGGCGGAGCUGGAGGAAAUGAAGCGGCAGGUGGACAGCCUCCAGGAAGACAUGCAGCUCAAGGCACUGCAGGAGUCGGCCGCCAAGGACGAGGGCACACGAAAGACGGCUGCUGCGGCGGCAGCAAGCAGCGGGCAGACCAAGACGAACACCUCCAUCUUUGUCGGCGACCUUGACUUGAGAACCACGGACGCGGAUUUGCGCGUCUUUUUCGCCUCCUGCGGUGCCAUCACGCGCGUGACGGUCUUGAAGGACCGUCAGGGCAACCCGAAAGGUACCGCCUAUGUCGAGUUUGAAACCGAAGGGCAGGCACACGCGGCUAUCCUCAAGGAUGGGCAGUCGCUGCAUGGAAAACCACUGAAGGUGGCAAUGAAGCGGGACAAUAUUCCCGCAUUUCAACGCGGCAUCUCACGUGGCGGUGCGUACGCGCUGCGCGGUAGAGGUGCGGGCAACCCAAUGCAGCAGCAGAUCGCUGCGCUGGCCAUGAUGGCUGGAAUGAUGAGCCAGAGUUUCAACCCGUAUAACAUGGGCCGUGGCGGCGGCCGCGGUCGCGGUCGUGGUCGCGGAGGCUAUUAG